AGCCCGAGAGAGAGAGAAAGAGAGAGACUGCUGAGCCUCGUCAGCGCACCAGCGACAUGCCAGCUCAAGAUAAGACUCAUCUAAGGCUUGGACAUGCCGAGUAUUCGAUCAAAGAUCUGUUUCUGAUGGGUCUUCAGACCAAAGUGUUCGGGCUGGAGGAAAUCAAGGACAGCGAGCUUCCCGUUGCUGUUGUCCUGGUUCUACAUGGCCGCACGGAUAAUCAAAAAGGCAUGGCAGACUAUACACAUGGUCUCCUAGGAGAGAUCGAACGAUUAUCGAAAGGUAAACAGAAGGAGAGGGAUAUUAUUGCAGUCACCAUGGAUCAACGAAAUCAUGGAACUCGGUUGAAGGAGAAGAUUCCGAAUCUCAGUUAUGACAAGAACCCAAAUCACCUCAUUGACAUGACGGCCUGCAUCCUUGGAGGAUCUCAAGAUGUCUCAUUUGUGAUCUCCAUGCUGCCUUCCUACCUGUUCCCAAAUGGUGAUCGAAAGAUCACCGAAUGGGUCGUCGCUGGACAUUCUUUGGGCGGCAACGUUACUUGGAGAGUCCUGAGAGAUGAUCCACGGGUCAACGUGGCCAUUCCAAUUCAAGGACUCCCAUUGGAAUGCCAUCUUCCAUACCUCAAAGCAAGAGCUCUCGGUAUGAACCUGGCAUUCGAGCCGCCACUAUGUCCUCCGACUCUGUUGCCGAUACUGGAAAGCCCAGUGUCUGACUCAGCAUACUGGGGCAAAAAGAUCUUGACUAUCCACGGCGGAGCAGACGAUGUGGUCCCUUAUGCUGUCGGCAAAGAAAUCAUCACGGGUAUGCAGAAGAAGGCGCAGCCAGGCGACGUAGAGAUCGUCAUUCUGCCUGGCAUCGAGCACACUGUCACUCCAGAAAUGGUGCAGCAUAGUGCGGCUUGGGUCUACAAGUGGGCAAUAAGUCGAGAGAGAGUAUGAUGCAUGGUAGUGAUA